ACAAUUUAAAUAAUUAUUUUUAACUUCCGGCCGCAGCUGUAUCUCUUCUAGCAGCAAGCGAGCUUCCACAGGUAAACGCAAAUGGAGGAAACUGUCAUCAAAUACAGACACUGCGGAAGAAACAUUUACAGUUUCUCGCGUCCGAACGGCGGAUAUUCUGAGAGACCUGCAGGAGCCGCUCGGCAGUGUCCGAUCUGUCACCAGAUUCUCACUUUCGGACUUUUAGACGCCCCGGUGUCUGUUCCCUGUCCGCUAAGGGAUGGACACAAAGUCUCCUGCGCGUUUCUGAUAGGAUCUGCGCACGGGCCCUCACAUCUGGGAGAGUGGCAGGACUCAGAGAUCCACGUGGGCCUGUCAGAUUCAGACGGUCUGGUGUACAACUACACACUGUCCGGGGUCCGGCGGGACGAUCGCGGCUGGGAACAGUGUGUGUGUGUGCAGCUCGUCCCUCCGUGGAGACCAGACCUCCGGGAAUUAUGGGAUACACACCUUCAGCUGUUUGCCCUGCUGCCUGAAUGGGCUUCAGAGCGGUUUGAAGAGGAGCGUGAGUUCGGCUCCUGCUGUUAUGGAUUCGCUCUUACCUUCAUAAACCGCAUGCGUUCACUGGACAAUAAAGACCGUCUGAGCAGAGAUGAGUUCACUGGACGGCACAUCUUACCCCGAAUGAAGACCGUGUCCCUUUACAUCAGCAUCUACCAGACAAUAUUACAACACGGGUUUCACAUAGCUAAUACAGUGGAUGACAUGUGAUGGUUCAUUCAUGUGUUUUCCUUCAGCUUAGUCCCUUAUUUAUCAGAGGUCGCCACAGCAGAAUGAACCACCAACUAUUCCAGCAUAUGUUUUACAUAGCAGAUGUAAAACAGUACUGGAAAACACCCAUACACAUUCAUUCACACACAUGUCAACAUGAAACAUUUGAAAACAUGCUACACAGGAGGGCUAACAAUGUUGUCUCCGACUGUAUAUAUACAGCAGUGAUCUCCUCAACCUACUUGACAGCUCUUCAUGAAUUAUUUGCAAGCUGAUUUACGGCUGCCGUGAAUCCCCAGUCAGUGUAGCGUGAUGUGUUUACAGGAUUCAUUUCCCACAUCACAGUCUGAAUACCUGUAAAUACAAGCUUUAAGCAAA